AUGCAAGAGAUAAGAGCUCACAACAAGAUGGUUGAUUCACAACUAGCUCAAUUAGCCGAGAGAACUCCUUUCAAUUCACCAUCCACUCUACCCGGACAACCACAACCUAACCCAUCUCACAAUCCAAAACCAAAUAUAUUCAAGGCGAUCACAUUGAGGUCGGGAACUUCCUAUGAAGGGCCAAAUAAAGGGGAUAGUGAGGAAAAGAAGGGAGGAGAAGAGAGUGUGAAUGAAAACAAGGGAGGUGAGAAAGAAAAGGGUGAUGAGAUAGAAGGAGGUUCGGAAAAGAAGAAGCUUGACAAUGAGAAGACAACUUCAAUUCCUAGUGAGGCUAGGAAUCUUGAUGGACCGGUUCCUUUUCCCGGUCGGCUUGCGGAGAGGAAGUUGAAUGACAAGUUCACAAAAUUUCUUAGUGUCAUGAAGAAUUUGCAUAUCAACCUCCCUUUUUUUGAAGUUGUGACACAAAUGCCAUCUUACUCCAAGUUCCUCAAAGAUAUUCUCACCAACAAUAGGAAGCUCAAUGAUGAGCUUAUCACCCUUCCACAUCAAGUGCGUACUCUUGUCCAACAUAAGAUGCCCAAGAAGGAAAAAGACCCGAGAAUUUUCACUUUGCCGGUAAAAAUUGGGAUCAUGGAAGCUAGGGGCGCCUUAGCCGAUCUUGGAACAAGUGUUAGUUUAAUCCCUCUAUCCAUUGCUCAAAAACUUAAUAUAGAGAUGAUCCCUACAAGGAAGAUAAUUCAAUUGACCGAUCGAUCGGUGAAAUUACCUUGUGGAGAGCUUGAGGAUGUUCCAAUUCAAGUGGGACACAUCUACGUGCCUUGUGACUUUGUAGUGAUGGAUAUGCAGGAAGAUGUUAACACUCUUAAAACUGUGGGGGCAGUCAUCAAUUGCAAGAACAACACCAUCUCAUGUGAAGUGGCCGAUGAAAAGAUUGUCUUUGAAUUUUCUAAGUUGCUCAAGACCCCCAUAGUUGAAAAUGCUAUAGUGUUGGUGUUGUGA